AUUGCGAUCCGGAACCACACGCUCUUGUCAGUGUUUCGCAUUGUAUCAACUGCAGUGGUAUUUAAGUGAAACGGCAGAGGUAGAAUGAAGCUGUAGCCUUAUCUCUAUAAUGUAUCCUUGUACGUAUUUGCGACAUGUCUUGUAAGGACGUGCAACCUAAAGACGGUGAUAUCGGUUAGGGCUGCUGCUGUGGGGUGAUGGUAGGCUUUGACCCAGGGGCUCAGAGUCCUUCUCUGGCCCCAGAGCAGGCUGCUCUUGCUGGGUCAGCUGCUGGCAUGGUGACCCGGGCCCUCAUCAGCCCUCUGGAUGUCAUCAAAAUUAGAUUUCAGUUGCAGAUAGAACGAGUGUCGUCCCGGCAGCGUGAGGGGAAGUACUGGAGUCUGUACCAGGCCUCGCGCUGCAUCCUGACUGAGGAGGGGCUGCCUGCCUUUUGGAAAGGUCAUGUCCCUGCCCAGUUCCUCUCUGUCUGCUUCGGAGCUGUCCAGUUUGCCAGCUUUGAGCUUUUGACAGAGGGGGUGCACAAGAGUACCCAGUACAACAGUCAGACCCCUGGGGUACAUUUUGUGUGUGGGGGACUGGCUGCCUGUUCCGCCACGGUGGCCUGUCAGCCCCUUGACACCCUGCGCACCCGCUUUGCUGCCCAGGGAGAGCCUAAGGUUUAUCCGAAUCUGAGACAUGCCGUGGCCUCUAUAUACCGCACUGAGGGAGUGCUGGCUUUCUACAGCGGCCUUUCUCCUACUCUGGUGGCUGUCUUCCCCUAUGCAGGAAUGCAGUUCUUCUUCUAUAAUGUCCUGAAGAAGCUCAUGGGGCCACCAGAGAAGGACAGUGGUGGAAACCUCAAAAGCUUGGUUUGUGGCAGCUGUGCAGGAGUGGUCAGCAAGACCCUCACCUACCCCUUUGACCUCUUCAAGAAGAGACUACAGGUAGCGGGGUUUGAGGAGGCCAGAGUCAAAUUUGGACAGGUGCGUAGGUACAAGGGCUUUGUGGACUGUGUACUGAAUAUUGCUAAAGAGGAAGGCUUUCGAGGCUUCUUCAAGGGACUCUCUCCUAGCCUGGUGAAGGCAGCUUUCUCUACUGGUUUCACCUUUUUCUGGUAUGAGUUCUUCCUAAAUGCCAUGCACAACCUCAAGGGCCAGCGGUGAGCUAUGGGAAGUACACCAGUGACACUGGAAGAGGAUGGAUUGAAAAUGGAAGAUGAAAAGAAAAAAGAAGAGGGGUUUGGCACAGUCACGCUCUUAUGAUGUCAUCUACAUGCGAUGACCUUGUCAGCAUUGAAGUCAACUUCACUUUGUUAAGUCUCAGGACUUUAAAGUUCAAUUGUGAGAUGAAACUGGGUACUUUCUUUUUACGUGUGAGGAAAUAAUUUCAGUUUGUUCUGUGUCUUACCAGACACUGUAUUUUUCUGAAUGGGGGGGGUGCCCAAGUGAAAAGGAAUUGUCAAAAGUUGUCGUUUUAUCUCUUUCCCUAUUAUUUAUCUGUCAUUUGACCUAUUUCUGAACGUAUAUGUUUUUCAAUUAUAAUUACAUUGAGAUCAUGCAUUGAUCUUAUAUUGACUAAGGAUAAAGUUAGUUUCCUUUCAACACUUUUUUAUCCUACAUAUCAUGCCUGAUAUUUGUCAGUUCAAACUUUUUUUUUUUUAAGACCCUUUAAGGAUUUAUUUAUAAACCUGCAUCUUAAGACAAUGACUACUUUUUGUACUAAUAAAGACCGUCUGACCCUA